UCCUUUUGGACAUUUUAUGUAAUGGGAGGUCUUUCUGCGACCUCUUUCAUAAUAGUGUUUCAUAUAAUAAUCACUUAUGAUUACAAAUAUAAAGAUAACUACACCGCUCAGGAGAGAUCAAAGAUGUCUGAGGAGUUCACCUCCGUAAAACUUCCUUGGUCGAAAGAAUUUCCCGUUCUGUUACUCUCAAUUUUCCUUCUAAGCUUGCUGAUCUUCACUCUAUUGAGUUACAAACUUCUAAUUAUCUGGAUCGAACGUUUGUUCUAUCCUGACAACUUGAACAGAGUGUUCAUGCAGAACGAAGAGAUGGAUGACCUCAUCGAUGAAGAAAUUGAGGUGAAAUCUUACAAGUUUCAGGCCCCAGGCCUGAUCAAGAAGAUUACCAGUACCUACUUUAUUAAGAGCAAGAAGGAAGACAUGGAAAGAAUCAAGAAGAAGUUGUCAGGCCUUAUUAAGAAGUAUAAAUAGACAGGAAUCUAAGUGCACAGUUGACCUUGAGAAUAUGCUUCGAGAUCGUGACUUUGAAGUUACUAGAAACCGAGUCGGCAGAGCUAUAGAAGAAGCCAAGGUCAAUAAUACAACCCAGAUGAGUAAUAUAGUUCAUACUCAAGAAGACCUCUUCUCGUAUGAUAUCAGCCAGAUUGUUGUUGACAAAAAGAGAAAGAAGAAUGAUAAGGCUCUCCAUCUCUCAAUGGCAUCUCCUAAAGAGAUCCAAAAGUGAUACAAAAAGUUUGUAAAAGAGAAUAAUCUUCGUGAGGUAUCCAAUUAUAGCCUCUCUUCAAAAAUUGAAUCUAAAACAGAUAAGGAGACCUAUGAAUGCUGAGUCUGCUACACCAACCCACCCAAUGGUGUAUUCUUUGCUUGAGGUCAUGCAGGCAUUUGUUAUGAAUGAGCUGUAGAAAUAUUCAAGAAGAAGGGGAAAUGCCAUUUCUGCAGAAAAGAGGUCAGCCUCGUCCUCCGAAUCGAGCUCAAAACUGUAUUCGAUGAAUAUGUCUUAGUAAAAGCAGCUACAUUCAAUAAAUUUCAGAAAGUCAAAUUCGAUAGCGAAUAUAGCAUAGAAAGCGAGAUGCCGUCGUAUAAUGAAGAAAGAAAGUCAAGAGAUAGUCAUACUAUGAGAAAUCAGGAAGAAUCAAAAAGGCUUCCAGUUUAUCACAGAAGUUCUGUGGAUGAAUCCCAGAGAAAGCCAGAACACUAUAAUGUAUCGAAGGAUAGACAAGAGAUCUCAAUUAGGGCCCUUAGUAAUCAGGAUUUAUCUGUCAGAAGGAAAGAGGUAUCUAGCAAACAGUCUAGGUGUCCAUAUAAAAACAUGGUUCCGUCCAAUACCUUGAGGUUUAGGCAUAGUCAAAGGUCAAUGGAGUUCUCAAAGGGAGGAUUUACAAAUAGAAUAGCUAGCUUAAGAAAAACUUCCAACCGAAAAUUCGAAGAAAUCAAAGACAAAGAACUCGCAGAUCAUGGACUUAACCAAAUUCCUAACCAGCUAGAUCAUGAAUUCUUAGUAAAGAUGUCUGAAAAUAAUGCUGGGACUUUUAGGAAUAAGUUCAUGAGUUCUAAUCAUUCAAACAAAAAUUCUAAUGUUAAGAUGGACAAAAUCCAGGUGAUGUCAGAGCUGGAUGAAAUCGGAGGAGAAGAACUCUAAAUAUGCCCUAAUUUUUCCAUCCUACCCACACAUACGG